AUGAGUGCGGAGCCAGCAAAGACCGAUUCGAAGGCGCCCCACGCCGGCGAGGGAACCGAGAGCGUCGCCCAUGCCACAACGGAACUGCCAAGCGAGCAUGACGCCACAGAACCUAGCGCCGAUCAUACCGAGAACACAGCGUCCAGGGUAUCGCACGGCGGCGAGACGACGACCAGCCCGGGGCAUCACGUGGUGGAGGCGGACGCCGAGUGCACUGGGAAGAAGUCGAGCGCCGAGUGCACGGGGUCCGAGAUCAGCCCCGAGAACGCCGGAGCGAAGUCGAGCGCCGAGCGUGCUGCAUCGGAAGGGAGAGACAAGCACACUGACAGGAUGCCGAGCACCGAGCGCUCCGAAACCGCGAUUGGCUCCGAGCGCCCUGGAACGGAACCGUCCUCCGAGCGUGCCGCAACCGAGACCACCGCCAAGCCAGCUGCAGAAGAGCCCAAAGCCGAGCCCACGGUGCCUAGACGCGACUCCAAGGCGGUCGCGAGCGCCAAGGUCGGUACUGGGGCCGCGCCGCAGCUGCCUGCAUCGUCCGACGGCGCCGUUCCCGGGUACGGAGUCAGGCUCCUCGAGCUCGUCGGUUUCGCCAUCGUGGUCGCCAUCGUCAUCGUGAUCGGCGCCGCCAUGUUCGACUCCGCGUAUCGCCGCGAUCUCAAGACAGCACGACCGCACGCCGACGACGACCCACUCGAGACGGCCAUUUACCGGCGCGGCCGCUCGUGGCACGGGUACGGACCGCAGCUCCUGGUCUGCACGCUCGGGGAACGUCGCCGUCUCGGCUCGCCGGACUCGUUGCCGCCGGACGGCCUGUGCGACCUGGUCGUGUACACGCACGUCCAGUCGCUCGGCGCCGACUUCGAGGACGGGGCGUCGGCUAACCUGCGAGUUCUGUGGGCCCGCGCGAGCACGGCUGUCAAAACCAGAUUCGGCUAUUCAUUCUCCAAUUCCCUGCUGCCGAUCGACGAACGACAGCUAGGGGGGUUUGUCCGAAAGGCGGUCGACGACAAGAGCAUCAGAGUGUUCGGCAUGCUCGACGCUCGCUGGGACGGGGACGCCACGAACGUCUCGUACGCAACGUUCGCCGCAGCGCUAAAGUCGACGACGAGGCAGCUGCCCAAGGACGAGCGGGCGGCGCUGGUGUUCGGAGUCCCCGUCGGUACCAACACGAGCGCGCACGGCGUCGAGUUCUGGGAAUCGCACGCCGCCAUGCUGGACCACGUCCACGUGCUCGUCUACCAAGCGCACGUCGACCUGCCGCCGCAGAACGCCAGCGCGAAAGGGAAGUGCGUGGUCAGAUUCCCGUCGCCGAGGUUCCAGCAGGCGGAAAAUAGCGACCAGACGAUGCAGGACGGCGUGGCGGCAAUCGACACGGCGCUGCACUUUCGACAGCACAAUCUCACCACCGACAUCUGCGUCUCCAUCGCGCUCAGCGGCCACCGGUUCUCGUUGGAGGAAGCCGCCACCGAGGGCCAGGAGCAGAACGCCAAGUGCGUGAGCGCUUCCGCCGUCGCGUACGGAGAUGUCUGCCCCAACGGCACCAGCAGCAUCGUCACAGACGGCUACAACGUCACGCCCAGCGCCGUCGCCGAACCGACUGUAAGGUUCGCCGGCGAAGGCGUGCUGGUCAGUCGCAAGGAGGACAAGUUGUUGGACGCGUUCGACGACGUCGGGACCCUGGCCGAGAAGCUGCGCACGGCCAAGCUGGCGCUGUCGCUGUCUGAGCAGCCGCACUGGUCCUUUUGCCUGGCCGCCUUCAACGUGGAGCACGAGGACAGCGAGGGAGCGUGCGGGCACGACUUCGAGAGGCUAACCGUCGCCAGAAGCUUUCUGCAGGGCAAGCUCCGGUGGCACGAUGACUGACCGCCGUCCCUGCUGCCCCCGACGGAGAUUAUCAAAAACGACCCUCGCGAACAUACGUAUUUUGCCUCGGGAUGUGGGAGAGGCGUGUCAUAU